AUGCCACGCAAGUUCAUCAUUGGAGGAAAUUGGAAAUGCAACGGGACAAAUGCGUCCAUUGAGCCCUUAACAAAAGGAGUUGCUGCCGUAGUUGACGCCGAGAUGGCUAAAAAGGUUGAAGUAGUUUUGGGUGUUCCAUUCAUCUACUUAACAAAGGUCCAACAGAUCUUAGCUGGUGAAGCCAAUGGUGCCAAUGUCUUAGUUUCCGCAGAGAAUGCAUGGACUAAGAGUGGUGCAUACACUGGAGAAGUUCAUGUUGGUAUGUUAGUCGAUUGCAAAGUCCCAUAUGUAAUCCUUGGACACUCCGAGAGAAGACAAAUCUUCAAAGAGACUGACGAGGUUGUUGCCGAAAAGGUGAAAGUUGCCAUUGGAGCUGGUCUUAAGGUGAUCGCUUGCAUUGGUGAGACUGAAGCAGAAAGAGUUGGAAAUAAGACCGAAGAAGUCUUAGCAAGACAAUUGAAAGCUAUCAACACCACUUUGACUAAAGAAGAGUGGAAAAACGUCGUCUUAGCUUAUGAACCAGUCUGGGCUAUUGGAACUGGAAAGACUGCUACUCCAGACCAAGCUCAAGAAGCGCACGCUUUCAUUAGAAACUGGAUGGCUGCUAACAUUUCAAAGGAAGUUGCUGAAGAGACUAGAAUUCAGUAUGGCGGUUCUGUUAAUAAUGCUAAUUGUGAUGAAUUAGCCAAGAAGGUUGAUAUCGACGGUUUCUUGGUCGGAGGCGCUUCACUUGAUGCCGGUAAAUUCGCCACUAUCAUUAAGUCUGCUAACCAAAAGUUUUAA